GGUAAUAAUAAACCUAAUCAUUUACUUGUCAGUUGUCAAAUAAAUAUUGAUAAAGAACAAAUAGUAAGUAAUCAUAUUUGGACAAGUAAAUAAUCAAAGCUCUACGAGAUUAUAUUAUCUAUCUAUCUAAGAAAACAUAAUUUUAAAUAUUGCAGCCUUGUUUGCUACUUAGCCGCCAUAUCAUUUUUAAUACUAUAACAGUUAUUGCAACCUAAACCUAAUGAGUAAAUAUGGAACGGAUGAAAGUAGUUAUAGAGAGCCUUAUUCCACCUUUGAUAAAGUCAACACAGACGACGUAACAUCGAAAAUAAUAGGAGAUUUCGGCAGGUGGCAAUUUUGGAUAAGUUUUAUAAUGACGUUGUUGAAGCUGCCAAUCGCUUGGUAUCAGUUGAAUAUAAUAUUUCUAGCGCCACCACAAAAUUUUUGGUGCGCUAAACCAGCAAUAUUUGCGAAGUAUUCUGAGGAAGAAUGGAGAAAAAUAUGUUCACCAAACAUUGAAGAGCAUCCAUGUUUGAUCUACGAUCCCGAUUUACUUUAUGUGUCUACAGCAAUGGACAGAUCAUUGAUACCUCUGGUGGCUUGCCCUAUGUUUGUAUUUAAUAAAACAACCUUUAGUCGCACCAUUACAUCGGACUGGGAUUUGGUUUGCUCCAAACAUUGGCUAACCCAUCUAACUCAAUGCGUUAUGAUGUGGGGUAUAGUAAUCGGAGGAAUAAUAUUCGGUGUCUUGGCAGACAAAUAUGGGCGAAGAACACCCCUGAUGAUUUCAGUAUUGAUUCAAGGUGUUGCCAGUUACGUUGCUAGUUUUAUGCCCGACUAUUGGUCGUUUUUAGCUGUGUGGUUCAUUUUGGCUCUAGGGUCGGGUGGUGUUGGAAUAAUAUCUUUCGUCAUAUGUAUGGAAGUGGUCAGUGGUAAAUAUCGUACCACAGUUCCAGUUCUUUAUCAGUUACCUUUUGGUCUUGGCAACGCUAUUAUGGCCGGUUUAGCGUAUUGGCUCAGAGAUUGGAGGAAACUAGAAUUCACUUUGGCUACAUUAUCCUCGUUAUUUAUAUUUUAUUGGUUUUGGAUACCAGAGUCACCUAGAUGGCUUUUAGCAACAGGACAAAUAGAAAAAGCAAUGGUUGCCCUGAAAGAAGCUGCACAGCAAAAUGGAAAAUGCUACACGAUGAGACAGUUAAAGCAAUUAAUGCCAAAAGUUAAGUCCCAAAAACGUCGAGAACCUGGUUUUUUAUCAUUCUUCCGAUCCAGAAAUAUGAGACUAAAAACUUUUCUUUUAUCUAUAAAUUGGUUUUUCACCGGUUUAGCCUUCUAUACGUUUUCACAAUACUUGGGUUCUAUAGGAGGGGAUAUAUUCGUCGCCGUAUCAUGGACCGGUAUAAUAUCUACUUUAGGUGCAAUAACAUGCGUUUUCAUCGUCACAAAGAUGGGAAGAAAAACGACUGUUGGAAUAUAUCAGUUAAUUACAGCUAUUUGUUUUAUUAUGUUGCUGGUGGUGCCCAAAGAUUUAUUUGCGAAUAACUGGCCGAGGCUAUUGUUUGCUGGAAUUGGUUUUGCAGGAAUGGCGGGCUCUAUACCCGCCCUGUACUUGUUUUCUGGAGAAUUAUUCCCAACAUUAGGUAGAAAUGUAGGAAUCAGUGGUGUGACUACUUUUGCUCGAAUUGCCUCAAUGAUUGCGCCUGCCGUUGUAAGUUUGGAUAAUGUUAUUAUAACAGAUUUUCCUCUGAUUUUAUUAGCAUUUACUUCUUUUGCCCAAAUAUUAUUAUUGUUACCCUUGCCGGAAACAAAAGAUAUGCCAAUACCUGAUACAUUAGAACAAGCAGAACUGUUUUGAUUAAAGUUACCAAUAUUUAUCUCAAAAUGCUUUGUUUAUUGAUACCCUAGUCACUUCUAUAAGUGUUGGGUGUAGUAUUAGUAUUAAACACAAACUAAGAUAUUGUAUUAACACGAUGACUGCGGCAGCAAAACAACACAUUUUUUACAAAAUGAAAUACCGCAUUCGUAUAGCCAACGACAGUAAAGCUCCUAAGACCCUGGCCAAACGGCCUUGAGCAUUCGUUCCAUACAUUUUCAGAGCAUGCCUUAAGGCUGGAAUGUGCAGAUUUACGUAUAUUUAAAAAAAAAACUGUUUUGGGUCUUUUUUUUAUUUUAAACUAACAAAGUAUUCCUUAUACAUUUUCUAGUUAAUAGUAUUUGAUUGAAAUUAAAAUAAUGUGUACUUUGGGAGAUACACGAAUUCAACAAUUUCAGUGCCAUUUUAUUGUGAAAUUAACAUGGCACAGUAUAGACAUAAAAAGAAACUGAAACUACCAAAGUUAUAACAUAUUGUAGAAAUGUGAUGUUUUUUUUGCUUCUAAAAAUACGGUUAGGGCGCCGUUUUCCUGGGGGGAGCACCUUAAGUCUAAGAGUGUAAAAGUAAGCGCUACUUCAGUGUAGAUCAUACAUAUUGUGUGUGUAUGCAUCGGCUUCGCAAAACACACCGUACCUUUGUUAUGGUGCUCAUUGAAACACUGUAGAUGUGUCGUGUGUGCGGUGUGGUCUCGCACCCUUGUAGUUUUCUUUUUAACACUGGGGUGUAAUGUGGCUCUGGCGUCGCGCUCUUAGAAACUAUAACAGGUGUUGGCCGCAAUCAAUGCAUUGGGUGAACAUACAGAUAUGAUGUAAUAAUAUACAUAUAACUACAGUAUUCCUUGCUUGCGGCUAUAAGGCCCACCGG